CUGAGCUCAGUUCCCUUUCAGAUUCCGAGAGGCAAGCAUUGGAUAUUGGAUACUGCUCUAAAAUCGCGACCGGUCUUUACAAUGACGACGACUCCCAAGAUAAACCCACUGAUUUCCGGUCCUGGACUACUGCAGAUGCUAAUGGGGAUACUAUUCAUGGUUUCGGCUUCCGUGCCAGGCGCCACUUCUGACUCGGAGCCAAAGAAGGGCAAUGUCAAGGCCUUGGAUCGCCUCCACGCAGGACUGUUCCUGAACUACGACAGCGAUGUGCAGCCCCAGUUCCAAGGAUCUCCCACAAACGUCUCCCUCGGAAUGGUGAUCAAUUACAUAGACAUCGAUGAGUUGAACGGCAAAAUGACCACCCACUGCUGGCUGAAUAUCCGGUGGAGGGAUGAGCAGCGCGUGUGGCAGCCAUCGGAGUACGACAACAUCACGGAGAUCACUUUGCGGUCCAGCGAGGUUUGGACGCCGCAGAUAACGCUCUUCAACGGCGACGAGGGUGGCUUAUUGGCGGAUACCCAGGUGACCCUCACCCAUGACGGACACUUCCGGCGGAUGCCUCCAGCCCUGUACUCGGCCUACUGCGAUCUCAACAUGCUGAAUUGGCCGCACGACAAGCAGACCUGCAAGCUGAAGAUCGGCUCUUGGGGCUUAAAGGUCAUCCUGCCGGACAACAGCACGGGGAAGGACAAAUCCCUGGACCACGACGACCUGGUGCAGUCGCCGGAGUGGGAGAUCGUGGACUCCCGGGCGGAGUUUGUGAGUCAGGACUACAACGGCUACAUGGAGUACACUCUGGUUGCAAAGCGCCUGUCUUCGAUGUACACUGCCGUCAUCUACACGCCCGCCUCCUGCGUCGUCAUCCUGGCCCUGUCCGCCUUUUGGCUGCCACCCCAUAUGGGAGGCGAGAAGAUCAUGAUCAACGGCCUGCUUAUCAUUGUGAUCGCCGCCUUCCUGAUGUACUUCGCCCAACUGCUACCCGUGCUGUCCAACAAUACGCCGCUAGUGGUGGUCUUCUAUAGCACUACCCUGCUGUUCUUGAGCGUGUCCACGAUCAUCGAGGUGCUGGUCCUGUACCUGGCCACCGCCAAGCACAAGAGGCGCCUGCCGGAGGCGCUGAGGAAGCUGCUCCACGGCAACCUGGGCACCUGGCUGCUCCUCUCACAGUUCAGCACCACGGGUGGGGCGGAGGCGGAGAAGACCAAGGAGAUGGACGAGCACCUGUACGACAAUCCCGACGAGCAGGACGCGACUAGUCCGCUGGGCAUCAAUCCCACCGAGGCGCCGGGCUCCAAGGCCAACCAGUUCGACUGGGCACUGCUCGCCACCGCCGUGGACCGCAUUUUCUUCGUGGUCUUCAGCCUAGCCUUCCUCGUCCUGGCCAUCUGCUGUGCCGUCUAGCCUGUCCUAAGCCAAAACAAUUGCACCCCCACCUUGAGUAAGGUCUUUGUCAAGUAAUCCCGAAAUUAUAUUUAAUCUUCUAGAGCCACCGGACGAUCUGAGUCAAGGUGUGGGUGCACUCUGAACUAAUUUUGCAUUUUCGAUUUCAUGUAUUUACUGAGUGUGCGAACUUAGAAUUAUUUAAUGAUGAGACCCGUUUGGAAUAAAGGACCUCUGCCGAA